UUCCAUUUAUACCUAAGUUUCGGUCUUUCAAUACUCAGCAGGGUCAUUUGAUUUGAUCAAACUAGCCUCUUAGGGUUUCUCAGAGAUCAGAAAGGCAUGAGCUUCACCCAAUUCGAUGGCACUGCGGCCUUCUCUGGCGGUGGCUUCAUGCCCCCUCAGGCCACCCAGACCGCCGACCCCUCUUUCAAUACCUCCAAGAAUCGUGACGUUCAGACAUUGCUGCCACUUACUGUGAAGCAGAUAAAGGAUGCAUUUGUCUCAGCAAAUGAAAAAUCAGAAUUUGUUAUUGACGGUGUUGACGUGAACAAUGUUACACUUGUGGGGAUGGUCCGUGACAAAGUUGGAAGAAUUACGGAUGUUGCUUUCAUUCUUGACGAUGGGACUGGACGGUUGGAUUGUAACAAGUGGUUUGAUGAAGCAAUAGACGCAAAUGAAAUGGAAAGAAUCUUGGAUGGAAUGUAUGUCCGGGUUCAUGGACGCUUGAAGAGCUUUCAGGGCAAAAAGACCUUAAAUGUCUUCUCUAUUAGGCCUGUGAAUGACUAUAAUGAGAUUGCAAGCCACUUCAUUGAGUGUAUAUACGUCCAUGUCUACAACAGCAGGUUACAGAAAGCACAUGUUGAUGUUGGCGUCACUACUCAACCACAUAUGACAAUCCCAACAAAUCAGUUUUCUGGCCAAUAUAGCUUCGAUGGACAGAGUAGCACUGAAAUAAAGGUCUUAGAAAUUUUGAGCCAGCCUUCAUACCUUGCAAGGGAAGAGGGGGCACACCUUGAUGAUAUAGCCCGACAACUGAAAAUUCCAGUGAAUGAUCUCAUGUUAGCUGUUGAUAAUCUAGUACAGGAAGGCAAAGUUUACUCAACAGUUGAUGACUUUCACUUCAAAUCAACUGCCAAUGCUUAAGUCUUUACCCUUGGGUUCUUUUACUUUGUUCUGUGAACCCUUUGAAUACAGAGGAUUGCUUAUUCAAGCAACUAUCUGCACUUUGUUUUUAGAUGUACAUCUUAUAGACUAGCUUAUCCAAAAUGUAGACAGCUGAGAUAUUACUAAUAGGCUCAUUUCCAUUUGCACCUGAGCAAA